AGUAUCUCAGGCAGUUGUGGAAAGGAGGACGGUGUUGACGUUUCCUUCCAGUGCAACUCCAGCCCUGGCACCGCGCUCAUCUCAAAGCGCUGGGGAACGCGAGGGAACUUGCCGAGGAAACCUUUAGUCUGAGGAUUUAGCGCUUGAAAGCAGCCAUUCAGCUAUGGAUGCGGGACUCACGCCGUGGGCUGGAUACGUUUACAUUUUGACCUGGUUGUUUACUGUGGCAGCUGCAGAUACAGUAUUGAUCAAAGCAGAACCGUCAGCUGUGGAAUUUGGACAUCCUUUGAUAGUGAACUGCAGUUCAUCUUGUGUAGCAACAAGUAUAUUAAUGGAAAGAUUGGGAGGACAGAAUGAAACAAAACAAUCUCAGUGGGUGGCACAUUCUUACUCAACAAUUCUGUCGUGGUCUCUUGUAAUGUAUUGCACUGCGAGGUGCUCAUCUAAGGAAAAGGAUCGCCUGAACACAACAAUUCCUGUCUACAAUCGAGAGUUGAACAUUACUUCCCCUCCUGAAGUGUUGGAAAUUAAUACAACAUAUAGCCUGGAAUGCACUGGCCCCAGGGUCGAUCCUAUCAAUAAGCUAAUUCUCAAAUGGCAAAGAGGAAACAAGAUCAUCGAGACCAAUUCUACAGAAGAAAUUAGUAUCUCGCAUGAGGAUAAACGAUUAAGGAAUGUCUUACAAUUUACUGCAAGGACUACGGACGAUGGACAGGUUUACACCUGCGUGGCGGAAGUAGACCUAGGCUCCAACACCACUUUGCAAAUCACAAACUCCUCCGUGACCUUGCAAACUUACCGUGAACCCCGAAGCACAAUGAUAUCAGUAAAUAACCAAAGCUCCUCAGAGUCUCCAGUGCAUGUGGCUAGUGGGGACAACAUCACCUUAGUCUGUGACACACUGGGGAACCCAGAGCCAACAAUAAAAUGGGAAUACCCUGAAAGUACCAACAUUGCAAACUAUUCUUCCGCAGUCUAUAUUUCUGAAGCCACGACGGAAAAUAAUGGAAUAUACAAAUGUACAGCUAGUAAUAAAUAUGGAGCUGAUGAGAACAAAGUGGAGAUCAAAGUGAAAGAUAAAUCGGCGAUCAUCAUAGGAGUAAGUGUAACGGCACUGGCCACAGCAACCCUUGCAAGUGGGGCUGUUAUUUAUUACUUGUACCAAAAGGCUCAGAAAUCACAAGAAUACAAAGUACAGAAUGCAAAGCCUCACAACAAUCCACAGGUGCUCAGCGGACAGUAAAACCAGACAAUUAUCACUCCAAAGGAAUAUGAAAUAUAAACUACCAAGAACAAAAUAGGGAAGCAGUUUGUGUUUAUUGGAAAUUAUCACUUGCCGAUCUCUCCAGACAUGAUUUUGAUGGGAUUUGCACAAUUAUUCUUCCAUCUGUCUGCUUUAAAAGCCAUCGAGAUAAAUUAUAAAGAUGUCUUAAAACUGAUAUCUUGGCUGCCUCUCCUCAAUCAUUAUUGCUGUAUGUUGCGAAAUGGUUAGAAUAAAUAAUUGUUUAGCGGGA